AUGGUCACAGCGCCUUUAUACCCUAUUACCACGGUGGUACCACGCCCAUUGCUGCACUUACAGCGUGCUACGCUGUUCCGCCUGUUUUCGGCGUACGUGGAAGCAAAACGCUAUGUGGACGCCGCGCGUCUUUUACGCGAUCCUCGAUGGCGCCCAUCGCAGCCCAAACAUAUGCUUCAUGUACUUUUACGGCAGUUGCGUGCACGUCGUUUAUCCGCUCUUUCGGUGGACCCGUGUCAAUCUACACGUGCCGCGUUACGAGAAACCUGUGCGUCGUUUGUGGUGUUGCAGCCACGCGGCGGCAAACUCAGCGCCGCCGUCUUUGUACAAAUGCUGCAGAUGCUUGUCCAGCACAGGUUGUAUGCCGAAAUACGGGUGUGGACACAUACCGUGCGCCCCAUGGUCACGGAUGAGAUCACGUCUGACAUGCUACAUCGCCUCACAGCAAUUGUUACGCACAUGGCAUGGCAGCAGCGAGCACCCUACGAAGCAGCUACAAUGCUUCUAGCGCUACCACCUGGGUGGCGAACCCGUGCGAUGUACUAUGCACUAUUGCGUCAUUUUAGCGAGGCUAAAGUAACGGCGCAUGACGCUAUACCCACAACAUCGUCGACACUCGCAGCCCAAAGUGCGCGUUUAUGGAAGGAGUUGUGUGUGCACGCAGAAGGAAAAGGCCCUACCUCAAAAGCCUACCUAGCGCGCCUCUAUGGCCACGCAAAACGUGGGCAUGCUGGGCUGGCUUGGCAGGAUCUGCGGCAAUGGCAGCAGUGCAUGCCGUUGUCGCCGUCUGAUCGGGCCCUAGCGCAGUUGCUUUUGCUUCGUGCCCUUGUUCAGGCUGGACGUUUAAGCUUGGCAUGGCGUAUGGCUCACCGACGUAUGGCAGAGGCGUGGAAACGUUACGGGACGGCUACAUUUAAUACGCUCUUGUCAGGCGUAAGCUCACCGGCACAAGCUCAUGCAUCGAUCCACACCGCGUUUCUGUUGCAAUGUUUGUACGAUGGGAUCCUACGUGCCACUCAGCGCAGCCGUCGUCGACGCGAGAGCACUGAAUUUCGAGAUGCCGUGCAACGGAGCCCUCGACUUUCGCAUAUACACACGACCAAGCUAGAUCUAGAUGCAUGGCAGGAGCUUGUCGUGCGUUUGAUUCAACUCGGAGACCAGUACGCUUAUCAUCCUGAUGUAACGACGUGGCAGUGGCUCGUGCAAGCAGCGACAAGGUGGGAUCUUCGUAUGGAUUCGCACACAUUGUGGCACAUGGCCAGCUUGGCUGUGCCAUCGUCGCCCCCUGUCGGGGCGCAAGAUACCAAGAUGCGUCACACGCUGUACAUGUCCUUGGCUGCCGGUUUCCAACAGCGCUGCGACACGAAUAGUGCUCGCCGGGCCUAUGCAUUGGCCCAGCAGAGUCGCCGUCGUGUCCCUCGACGUACCUCCACAUAG